AUGAACAAACUCAUACCGAAAUCUAAUAAAUUACUCCCUUUAAAUAUAUUUUUGGAUAAAGAUGGGAUUCUCAGAGUGGGAGGUCGGCUUUCUAAACAUCCGACUCUUCCCUACGAUCAAAAAUUUCCAAUAGUCAUCCCCAAAAGACAUCAUAUAACUCCCCUUAUAAUUCGACAUUUUCACCAACUCAGUCUCCAUGCUGGACCAGAAUUGGUUUUAUCACUCAUUCGUCAAAAAUUCUGGAUUCCUGAUGGUCGUUCCACGGUUCGUCGAGAAAUCAAACGUUGUAUCGUUUGCUGUCGAUUAAAUUCUAAACCUUCGAAUCCUAAGAUGGGAGAUUUGCCAAGUAGUCGAAUAACAAAAUCUCGUCCUUUUGAAAAAGUUGGGGUAGAUUUCGCAGGACCGUUAGUCACAAAAUGUCAGCAUCUCAGAGAAGCUACCCAAUUCAAGUGUUACCUUUGUUUAUUCAUAUGCACAGCGACUAGAGCAUUUCAUCUCGAACUCGUGUCCAGUAUGUCUACGGAAGCAUUAUUAGCCGCACUUCGUCGAUUUAUAGCACGACGAGGUCAUCCCACUGAUAUCCUGUCAGACAAUGGAUCGAAUUUCAUAGGUUCAGAUAAUUAUCUAAAGCAAUUAUUCACGUUAGUCCAAGACCAGUCUGUCCAAAAUUUCCUGACCGUGAGAAACAUCAGUUGGAAAUUCAUUCCACCAUAUGCUCCCAAUUUCGGUGGUGUUUGGGAGUCAUCCAUCAAACUCGCCAAAAGACAUCUCUUUAAAACUUGUCAAGGACAUUUGCUUAAUUUUGAAGAACUGUCCACUCUCUUAUGUCAGAUAGAGGCCUGUAUUAAUUCAAGACCUCUAGUACCACUUUCCAAUGAUCCAGCUGAUCUCAGAGCUCUCACCCCUGGGCAUUUCCUAAUCGGGGAACCUCUUCUUGAGCUUCCUGAAGGAACUAGUCUCACUAAUCAAAAUCUUAGUCUUUCUUGCAGAUGGAAAAGUCUCUUACAGUUAAAACCUCAAUUUUGGAGUAGAUGGACUAGAGACGUCCUUCACCAUUUGCAAGCCCGACGGAAGUGGCAUCAACAUCGUCCUCUUUUGAGUGUCGGAGAUCUCGUCCUUAUUCAAGCUGACAAAAUGCCUCCAUUAUCCUGGCCACUAGCGCAUAUCCUGGAGAUUAUUCCGGGAACAGAUGGUAUCCCUAGAGUUGCCCUGCUUCGUACUCCAUCAGGACCUGCCAAAAGAGCCAUUAACCGACUCAUUGCACUCCCGGUGCCGACAUGCCGCACCCCGGAGGAUGGUGAUUCAUCUGAACGCCAACAGAUGGCGCAAUGA